AUGUGGGAACCGGUUUCUUUGUCAAAUGUUGAAAACACAGAGAGCAAACAUUUAUUUAACGAGUCGUAUGAUUUUAUUAUUGUUGGUGCGGGGUCAUCGGGGUGCGUUGUUGCCGAACGGUUAAGUAAAAAUCCUAAAUGGAGGGUACUCUUAUUAGAAGCGGGUGGCGAAGAACCAAUAGUAACAAUUAUUCCGGGUUUGACUUCUGCCCUCAUAGGAUCCAGUUCUGACUGGCAGUUCACCACAGAACCGAACGGGAAAAGUUGUUUGGCAAACAAUGGAAGAUGUCUUUGGCCAAGAGGCAAAGGUAUGGGGGGUUCGAGUUCUAUAAAUUCAAUGUCAUACAUCAGAGGUAACAGAGGUGACUACGACCACUGGGCAGAACUUGGAAACGUAGGAUGGGGAUAUGAUGAAGUGUUGCCAUACUUCAAAAAAUCCGAGCGUAAUUUAGAACCUGAAGUCGUAGAGCCUUAUUAUCAUGGCUUUAAUGGUGAACAACCAGUUGCCAGAUAUCCUUACAUUGACCAACCAUCAAAGAUGCUUACUGCUGCUUUUAUUGAACGAGGGCUGCCAUUAAUUGAUUAUAACGGAGCAGAACAAGAAGGAGUCAACCAGGCGCAAGAGCGAUAA